AUGGAUUUCGUGGUGGCCUCUGACAGAACUUUUGGGGGAUGGCAAAGCCCUGCCGGAACGUCAUCGGAACAGCUACAAAUAGCCACCAUGAAAGAGAAGUCAUCCCACCAUCCGAAAAGAGAGAUUAGAGUUCAGCAGACACUGGUAAGAGCUCCAGGUAUGAGUCUAUUAAAGAUCCCAAUGACUAAACCAAGCUCAGUGGCUCAAGGUGUGUCUAUGUGGGAAUGGUCUGGCUCUGCAUUUGAUGAAGGAGAAAAAGCUGCUAAGUGGUUUUCAGAUUAUCUUGGCAAACAAAGCCGUUGUUUUCUUAAUUUUGAUACAGAAACUGAAACUAGGCCUUCACCUCCUCAGUUUGCACCAGAUUACACCACAACAUUUGCAAAUACGUUUCCCUUUUUGGUUGCCUCUCAGGGUUCUUUAGACUAACUGAAUACACUUCUUUCAGAACCGGUGCCUAUGAACCGUUUUCGACCCAAUAUUAUUGUGGAUAACUGUGAUCCUUUCGGAGAAGAUCUCUGGGAUGAAGUCAUGAUAAAAGAACUUGUCUUCCAAGGAGUUGUUAGGCUAUGUAGCCGCUGCAAGUUACCAUCUCUGAAUCAAGAAACUGGUGUUCCGGAUGCAACUGAACCAAUUGAAACUCUGAUGAAAUUCUGAUCAGACAAAGUCUUAAUCCCACACAAGAAACCGCAUGGAAAGGUUUUCUUUGGUAAGGAUAUGGUUUGGAAUUGGCACAUUACCAACAACAACCAAGGCAAAGGUAACAAGACAAUCAAAGUUGGAGAUUCCAUCUCUGUCAUAAGGAAGAUCCCUCCCAGGGCUGAAGCACCUGUUUAA